GAAGGUGGAGAGAGAGAGAGAGAAGAGCAGCAAGCAGCUACUCUUUACACACCCUUUCCUUUUUCUUCCUUCUUUCUCUCUUUUCACUGUUUUUCUGCCUUGUCGAAUCCCCCAACACUCGCCAUUAUCCCCACCUUGUGACUAUCACUAGCCACUACAGAGUCAAGAUGAGCCAUUGCAGGAAGAGAUGCAAGAGACAGCUGACCAAAGUGUUUCGCUUUUUCUACCGCUUCCUCACAGGGACACUCGAGAAAGACAGCGUAGAGGAUGACUUUGAGUUGUCCACUGUGUGCCAUCGACCAGAGGGGCUGGACAAACUACAGGAGCAGACCAAGUUCAACAAGAAGGAACUACAAGUUCUCUACAGGGGAUUCAAGAACGAGUGUCCGAGUGGAGUGGUGAAUGAGGAGUCCUUUAAAACCAUCUACUCCACAUUCUUCCCCCAGGGAGAUUCGGGUGCGUAUGCACAUUUCUUGUUUGAGGCCUUUGACACUAACAAGAAUGGAUCGGUUAGUUUCGAGGAUUUUGUGUUUGGUCUGUCCAUCAUUCUGAGAGGAACGAUAAACGACCGGCUAAACUGGGCCUUCAACCUGUACGACCUGAACAAAGACGGCUGCAUCACCAAAGAGGAGAUGAUGGAUAUAAUGAAGUCUAUCUAUGAUAUGAUGGGGAAGUACACAUACCCCUGUAUGCAGGACGAGGCACCCAGGGAACACGUGGAGAGCUUUUUCCAGAAAAUGGAUCGUAAUAAUGAUGGUGUGGUCACUAUUGAUGAGUUCAUCGAGUCAUGCCAAAAGGAUGAGAACAUCAUGCAGUCCAUGCUGCUGUUCGACAACGUCAUCUAGGAGCCUCUGACAUAGAAAAGUGGCUGGAGGACAGGGGAGGUGUGUGUGUGUGAGUGUGCACCACAGGAGGUUGGUGGCACCUUAACUGGGCAGGAAUGGCUUGUGGUGAUGGUUGUAGCGGAAUAAGUGGAAUGGUAUCAAAUACAUCCAACACAUGGUUUCCAUGUGUUUGAUGCCAUUACUUAUGCUCCUUAGCGGCCAUUAUUAUGAGCCGUCCUCCCCUCAGCAGCCUCCACUGGC